UAAUGAGUUCUUGCGUGUCUCGUCCCCUGACGAUGAUCUCCUUCCCUUUUAAUUACUCACCUUAAUCAGAGCGCUCCAUUCUUUCCUGCUUUGUCUUGAGACCUGGCACUGCAAGCGCGCCAGUACCGCCCAUUGUGUCCCGAGCGUAGGCCAAGGGAAGUGUCUGGGAGGUUAUGUUACCGUUUGCACUUUUGGUUCAUGUGAUAACUCGGAAAUUCAUUAAGCGACGGCUAUCUUUCAGGGAAUGUUCAGGAAACUAUGUGCUAUAAAUCGUCAAAUGAAAACGAUUUCAUCUAAGGAAAAUAACUUAAUCUCAGGACUACUACUUUCAUUGCCAGAUUCAGUUGCUGACUAGGGAACUUCCCUGUUACUUUGAAGAUCACAAUUAAUGUGUGAAACAUGGCACCAGUAGGACGACCUUCUGCAAGUGGAAAGGGGCUGCAUUCAAAAGAUGAAAAUUCCAUAAAAAGUAAAGAUGAUGAAGUUAAAAAUGAGCCUCCGGAUAGGGGCUUUCAUGAAGAAGUUCACAUUAAAAUUGAAAGGGAGGAUGAUGACACUGUUUUAUAUGCCCCCAUGAACGUGGAUGAAGGGAUAGUGAUUAAAAAAGAAGAAAGUGAUGACUCCAUGGAAGAAGAUGAAGGAUCAGAUGAUGACAUUUUGGAUGUAGUAAAUGGGAGGCUUGAUGGAAUUGACAAUGAAAAAGCAGGUGAUGUGAUUGACAUUUCAGAUGACCCCAACAAAGCACUUAAGUCUCUGUUAUGUAAAUUUUGUGGAAAGCAAUUUUUUCGAGCAUUCUAUUUUAACUUGCACAUUAAAACUCAUCAAGUUCCAACCCCUACAUCUGAUAAACCCCAUAAAUGUUUAGAUUGUGGUAAAAGUUUUGCAUUAUUACAACAUCUCACUGGUCACUCAAGAAUUCAUAUUGCUGGCCGAUAUUACGAGUGUCCUGUCUGUAGGAGAAAAUUUACUGAAUUGUCUAACCUUACUAUGCAUUUGUUAAAAACACAUCCUGAUGAAAAGCCGUAUAAAUGUUCAGAAUGUGAGAAGCAAUUUACUCAGUCUUCUGCUCUCAAGAAACAUUUGAGAACACACAGUGGCAUCACAUCGCAAGAUGAAUUAGACCGCAUUGACAUGCAGUUUUUUGUGAACGACAAAAAUGAAAGAGAUUCAGAGGAGCCAUUAAAGAAGAAGAUUAAGCUUGAGAAAGAGGAAAUAACAUCACCUGUUAAAGAGAAAUCGCCAUGUGGGAAAGAGAGAUUAAAAGAUGAAAAGUCACCAACUACUAAGGAGAAGGUUGUGCUCACCAAACAAAAAUCUGCACCAGUUGGGGAAUUGAAAGUGACUAAAGCUUCACCCCCAUCAACAAAGGGCAUUAAGUCUCCAACACAGAAAGGAACUGAGAUUAUGAGCAAAACAUCACCUGUCAAAGACAAAAUGCCAAAGUUAAAAGAGAAGUCACCAAAAGAAAAGAAGUUUCCUUCCCCUCAAGGAAAAGUCUCUGCUGUUAAAAUAAGCUCUACAGGAUUUGAUGUAUUACCUGCUAUUAAGCAUUUGGAAGGUCAGCCUGCACCAUCCAAAGACCAAUCUGCACUAAUUAAUAGAAAAUCACCUAUCAAAGAUAUGUCAAAACAAUUGGAAAGCAUAUCCAUGUCAAGUAAUGAAGUACAUGUUAAAGAUGAGCCGUCACAUGAGAACUCAUCUGAAGUUUCCAAAAAAUCUCUUUUAUUAGAGGACUCACUGCCAGUGAAGGUUGUUCUUUCACCAAUGAAAGAAUCUCCUUCAGAAGAAGAACCAUUAAUCCCAUCUGAAGCUUUACUUCUCCAUAUCAAAGAAGAGUGUCCUGACGAUGAGCAUAGCGCUGAUCACACACCCUCUUUCACUUCAAAUGUGUUAAAAGAGCCCAUGUCUAUAUUGAGUGAACUUUCAGAAGAAACAAGUCUCACCCAUGUUGAAGGAGAAGCUGCAGCUCAGAAUGAGAAUAAUUCAAAAAGUGGAACUUCCCCUCUUAAUAAUUUCAAUGAUUCCUCACUUAAUCGGAAUGGUGUCCCACUAGAUUUAGUUCACUGUCCAAAAAUCAAGGUAACAAAGUUUUCUGAAACUGAACAAGUCAGUGAAAACCAGAAGGUCCAUGGGAUAGUUCCUAUGACCUCUCCAACUAAAUCCACAUCAGUCACAAACGUUAAUAGACUAGAAUCUCAGAACAGUAAUGAAGAUACUGAAAAUUUAAACCAAAUGUCGGUAUCAAAGGACUCAAAACCAGCCUCAUCCACUCUCCAUAAAUCUCAGUGGUUUAAAAGUUGGGACAGUAAUAAACUUGAUAAGAAAGAGCCUUGGCCAUCUAAAGGAAAGCCUGAUGGCCCCUGUGAAGAAAGGUAUAAAUGUCAUAGAUGCAACAUUUUUAUGGAUUCUGAAGAGCAACUUCAUGAACAUCUGAUGGAGCAUACUGGUGUAAAACUUUGUGAAUGUCGAUUCUGUGGGAAGGAUUUCACAUCCAUGACUUCUUUGAAACGACACACCUACUAUCAUGUUGCUGGAUUGAUUCCUCAGGAUUGCACGAGAUGUGGUAAAAAUUUCUCUACAUUUAUGGAUUUGAAGGACCACUGUGUUAGCAAAAAGUGUGAUGCAUCUGGGAACACGUUCCGUUUUAAAUGCUUUCGAUGUAAGAAACACACUCCAUCUUUAGAAAGACUGAAGUUUCAUCUUCUGUCUCAGUGCAAUGAAGAACCAAUCAAGUAUUAUAUUCCAAAAAAACUUGAUGACAUUGCUUCAACAAAGUCCACCGAAAGUCAAGCUGAAAAUAAUAGAUCUGAUAAAGACAAUACUGGCUCUAACUUGUAUAAUUGCAAUAAUGAGUGGGUAAACCAGAAAUUUGAGAAAAGUGAGUGUCUUAGUUUAGAUGACAUGGUACAGUUAAAUUUGAAAGGCAAUGAUGUUGAAGCAUUGCAAGUUUUAAAUGAACUUGGUCCUUCUGAUAGAGGAAAAGAAUGUUGGAAUUUGCAAUGUGAAAACUGUGGUCAUAGAUUUGAAAAUUCUGAGAAGGCUAAGGUCCAUUGUAAAUUGGGAUGUGAAAAAGUACCAGAAGUGAAACAAGAAUCUGAGAAUGGAGAUGAUGCAGAACCAUCACAGCAACUUGCAAAGGAACCAGAUAAUAAACCUGAGAACAAUGCAGAAGUAGAAAAUGUUAAAAUAAAACUGGUCGUUGAAGAGGAUGAAGACCUGCAGUGCUAUUUGGACUGUGCAGUGUGCGGGAAGGAAGUUGCUGGAGUUGAAAGAAUGCUGCUUCAUAUCAAAGACCAUAUUAAUGAACGGAAUACACUUGAAUGCCCAGUGUUAAAAUGUGGAAGAUUUUUCACUGACCCAAAGGAUUUUAAAUUGCAUCUCAAGACCCAUACUGGUCACAAACCCUACAAAUGUUCAGAUUGUGGUAAAAGAUUUUUUUUGCGAGAGAACUAUGAAAAUCAUGCUCAACGUCAUGGUGUAUUGAAGCAUUGGAGUUCAUUAAACUCAAAUGAAAAAACUGGUAAAAAUUCUGGAAGUGCUAGAAGCCCUAUUACCAUUGAAUCAAGCAUUAGUAAUUUGGAAGUUUCAGAAGCAGAUUUUGACAAAAAGCAACGUAAAACUUCGAACAUUAGUUCUCAAGCAAACAGAAAUCGUGCUGAUUUACAUUCUAAGGAAAAUAGAAAACAAGAAGUCCCUAUCAAUCUGAACAAGAAACCAACUUCUGAUAAACCAUCUUCUAAACUGAAGAAAUCAUUACCAGCAGUAAACAGGUCUACUCCUCCUGUUAGUAGAACUGCUCCUUCAGUAAAUAAACCUCUGCCUUUGGUGAACAGACCCUUGCCAAUUAUUAACAGGCCCUUACCAACUAUAAACAGACCUUUACCAAUUGUGAACAAGGCCUCACCAACUAUGAACAGACCUUCGCCAAUUGUGAACAGGGCCUCACCAACUGUGAACAGACAUUCACCAAUUGUGAACAGACAUUCACCAAUUGUGAACAAGGCCUCACCAACUGUGAACAAGGUCUCACCAACUGUAAGCAAGGUCUCACCAACUGUAAGUAAGGUCUCACCUAUCCAGAACAGGACUUCACCAAUAAUGGACAUCAUAUCACCAGUUAUGGAAGAUAAUCCGUCACCACCAAUGCCAACUAUGAGCUUAUCUCUGCCAUCCAUGAACAGGCCCAUAGUUACUAGACCUAUACCAGGCCUGAUAUCAUCAGCUGCUGCUGUCAUCAGACCUACAUCUUUGCUGCAAGGUAGUAUUGUUGGUAGACUUACAGGUCCUUCAGGUGGGUCAUUAUCGGUAACCCCUCAAGGAAUUUUCACAGUUGUGCCCCCAAGAUCCUUCACAUUAUCACCACCAAGCAGUAGCAAGCCUACAUUUACUAUGGUAAGAACUAAACAAGAAGUCCGACAAGAUUUAAGACAGGAAUUCAGACAGGAAAAAAGACAAGAAAUAAAACAAGAAAUAAAACAAGAAAUAAGAACAGAAAUAAGAACAGAAAUAAAACAAGAAAUAAAACAAGAAGUACCCCAUAGAGAGAUGAGGCAAUCUCGUGCUCAUCCAUCAGCGUAUUACAAACUAUCCGACCAGGCUAGAGCUACUAUUCAGGCAUCUAAUGCGGAGUUACGGAAGUACCCCCGAUCUGGAAGAUGUGAUAUAUGCAAGAAGACUUGUUCCCGCCUUGACAAACAUAUGAUGGUGCAUCUGAAUCAGAAACCUCACCUUUGUCCAGUUUGUCCUCAAACAUUCAGACAAAGUGAACACCUAAGGCGUCAUAUCAGAGCUAAGCAUGAAGGCAAUCAUAGACAGUUUGAGUGCCCUCAGUGUCACAAAAGGCUAACAAGAAAGGACAAACUUAAGGAGCAUAUGAAGAAUUGUGGUAUACGGCCAUAUCCCGACAGCUAUUCUCCAACUUUGAGUGAUAGUUUAUUUGACAUGAUUCCUGGACCCUCGGAGACUUCCUAUCAAGGCCAUACAACAGUAUGAUAAGAUAUAAGGCUAUCCCUGAGUCCCAUCACCAUCACCCUUGUACUACUGACUCUUUGGUCAAUCCUCCAGUAGACGCUUCCUGAAAACUUUAUUAAUGAAUAUGCAAGUAUCUCAUUGGAUAUUUUGUUGUGAUAUAUUAAUUAAGUACAGUAUUGUGGUAUCUAAUAGAAUGUUGAACAGUCCCAGUGAUAGAAACAGUUACUCUUUAGUAAUUUAUUUAGUAAGCCUGAUCAUGAAAUUGCAAGUUGUCGGACCUAUCUAGUACAUGAAUUUCACUGUGUAAUGAAAUUCAGUUCUGCCCAUUGAGGAUUGUCAGAAUAUAUGUAAGAGUGCUGGGAAAACAAACUACAAGUAGCUAAUACUUGUUUGGAUAGAGAGUUCCUAAUAUAUGAUGUACUGUUACCUGACCUCCAGUUUCUGCCCUUAUUUUGGCCUAUGAAUGUUAUACAUAAUUAUAAGAUCUGUGCAGCUAUUGUAAAUGUUUGCUACAUCAUGUGGACCUUGCCUUCUCUGAACAAAUCUGAUUUUCUGCCAUUGAAUGUCGAAAUCACGGCUGUGCCGCUGUUUGGAAUCCUUUUUUUAAAAUGUUUUUAAUGGAGUAUGAUAUUAAAAGUGUUUAUCAUUGCAGUUGUAUGCAGGCAGAUUGAUAGUAGACCCUUAUUUCUUAGAUUUGACUUUAUCAUAUUUCAGUAAUUCUUCAAAUAUACCUUUGCUAAACUUAUUCAUUUAGAUACAAAUCAUAUUCAUGUUUAUAUUGUGAUUUUAAUAAUUUAGUUAUCUUUUUAUAGGCGUGCCUAUUUACAUUACCAGUAUUGUAAUUUUAGAUACUCUUUCAUGUUGAUUUUUUGUUGUCAUUAAUGUAGUGCUUAAGGGUAGUCUUAGAAGUAAACCACUAUUGAAAGAUAAUCGACUUUUCUUUUUUUGUUCUUUUGUAAGGGUCAUUAAAUUUAAUCUCAGAUAAGAAUGUUUCAUUUUUAUUGGAAUUGGACAUUAGCAUGAUAAGAUCUGAUUAGGUUUUACAGCGUGUAAAAGUGUUAAAAUACAUGUUAAAAUAGAAAUAAAAAUUAAUUACAAAAGUUA